GCGACAGCGGAGGGGGGAGGCUGUGGUGGUUCCGGGGAUCGAACGGAGGAGAAUUGGGCCUUCCCGCGCCCUGUCUCACGGGGGCGGGUGAGUCGCGGCGGUCGCCUAGCAGCAGUCGCCUAGCAACGGGGCGGGACGGCGCGGGGUGACUAAGCGGGCCGCGGGCUUCCAGGAGAGGGGGAAGCGAGGGGGCGGGGCUUGGGGGGCGCGAGGGGAAGGCGGGAGCGCUGAGGGAACUCUGAGGGGGUCUGGGCUCGGGGUGGUGUGGGUGGCUACAGGCCAAAGGUGCUGCGGAAGAGCAGAAGCUUUGGGUUAGAGCGAGAGCUGAAGCGGUUAUUUACAGCCUCUGAAGGGAAAUGACGUUGUGUGAGAGUGGGUUACGGUAACUCAGCACUGAGCAGAAGCUUUUUUAACGAGAGGUGAGCCUACGCAGUCGCUGCAGAACUUUUCUUGGAACAUUAUAUUUAAAAUCAAGAGAAAUGAAAUUCCAACAUAAAUUCUUAAUUCCUUUACACAUACUUCAUGAAUCAAUUUCUGAAGCAAUAAUUUUAAAAGAUUUCAGCAUUUUGAGGAUUUCAGCCCAUUCAAAUGUGUGUAUUUUUGCUUCAGUUCUGCAUUGACAUUAAGCAUGGCACAUAUAUUAAAGACACUCAACAGCUGGUUCUGGUGGGAGAAUAUUUGGAUGCCAAUCAAUUGCACAUGGGCAGAUUUUGUAGACCGUGAUGGCCUUGUCUUUCCAAAACCACAACAGUUGUAUGCCACAAUACCAUAUGCUUUUGUAUUGCUGAUUAUCCGAUUCUUCACUGAAAGAUACAUUGCUAUUCCUCUAGCAAAAGCCUUAGGUAUAAAGAAUGUAAGACGUGUGAAGCCGCAGCCUAAUCCUGUUUUAGAGAGUUAUUUCCGGGAGUGCUCAAGACAUCCAUCUCAAUCAGAGAUUCAAGGCCUUGCCAAAAAGUGCAACUGCACGGUCCAUCUGGUGGAAAAGUGGUUUAGGAGACGACGAAACCUUGAGAUCCCAACGGUGCUUCGGAAAUUCCAGGAAGCUUUCUGGAGAUUUUCAUUCUAUUUCACAUCCUCCAUUGCUGGAUUUAUAUUUCUGCAUGAUAAGCCUUGGUUUUAUGAUAUAUGGCAGACGUGGGUUGGCUAUCCAUUUCAGACUUUGCUGCCAUCUCAGUAUUGGUACUACAUGGCUGAGAUUAGUUUCUACUGGUCUCUCUUAUUUACACUUGGGAUCGAUACCAAAAGAAAGGAUUUUUUGGCUCACGUCGUUCAUCACUUCGCAGCCAUUGGGUUGAUGAGUUGCUCUUGGUGUGGCAAUUACGUGCGUGUUGGAACACUGGUGAUGUUUGUGCAUGAUACUGCAGAUUUCUGGCUUGAGGCAGCCAAAAUGUUUAAUUAUGCUCGCUGGGAGAAAACCUGCAAUUUACUCUUUUUCAUCUUUUCUGUCGCAUUCUUCAUCACAAGAAUCAUCCUGUUCCCCUUCUGGAUUCUGCGUGCCACGUUGUAUCAACCUACAUUCUACUCCACCACUCCAGUCAUAGCCUAUUUCUUAUUCAAUGGGCAGCUAUUGAUCCUUCAAGGCUUACAUUUAUAUUGGGGUUACUUGAUCUUCAAGAUUUUGAAAAGGUUCAUUUUCUUAAAGGACUUGAAAGAUGACCGGAGUGAUGAAGAGGAAGAAGAUUCUGUUACAGAUAACGAAGAGGAGUCCACAAAUGGCAAUAAGAAUGGCUGUGGGUCAGGCAAACAUCUCCUUAACAGCAGUCACCACUAGCCCUCUCCUGCCUCACUUCUUACAGUGAUUUCUACUCCGUUUUUAACCCAACUUAUGGGAUAAAACUUAAGUCAAAAUGCUUACGAGAGGCUGGGAUUGAUUUAUUGCUGGCUACUGGGCUUGGAAAAAAGCCCAGUAUACAGGGAGGGGAAAAUUGCAUAACAUGACAAAAUGUGUUAAUGACCCCCUUGAAUCAUUGUUUAGCAUUUGGAAAGGUGCUUGGACACGGACUGCUCCAAUCUCACAGUGCUCAACAAGGUGAAAGUGUCAGAUCAUUUAGUAUCCCGUUGAUUUUGACUGGUUUUCAAUCUGAUGUAUUUUAUCAAGCAGUUUCAUUCAUAGGUGCUUCAUGGGAGGUACCUAGUGUGAACUCCAUGAGGAGACAAAAUUACUCAAAGAGGGGAAAAAAUGGCAGUGGUGUAGGUUGACUAACACUGUAAUCUUUACUUUUUGGUUUAAAAUCUCAUUAAAAUGGCUAUUUUUUAUGA